AUCUGCAUCACCUGUAUGGAACGAGCACGUGAAGAUGGCGACGUCUCAGAAACUGCAAGAACAUUUUCUCACAUGCACCAUAUGUACAGAAGUAUUUGACAAUCCAUGCACCCUUGUCUGUUAUCACACAUUCUGUCGGAAAUGUGUCGUCAACUACACCAAAACCAAACCGGAAGCCAUCAGUGCCAAGUCUCUGCUGUGUCCUUUCUGCAGCAAGAUGACGAAAGUGACCUCCCCUGAGAGACCAAUAGAUGUGUGGGCGGAUGACGUCAAACCGAGCUUUGUCAUCCAGGGACUGCUAGACUCAUUUGGUCCCGGAUGUAAAGAUACAAAAAACUGCACGUUCUGUCAUCGCGAAGGGGAGACAACUCCAGCGACUGUGUGGUGCUCUGUUUGUGAUGACGCCCUGUGUGAUGAAUGUGCUAGGGCGCACAGUCGCAUCUCAUCCACACGUCAUCACGAUACAACUGACCUGACUAGUGAGGCCAGUAUCCCCAGGAAACGAAACAUUAAGUGUAAAGAACACAAGGAUGAAAACAUCAAAUUCCUGUGCAAAGAUUGCAAGAAAGUCACCUGUCACACCUGUUGUGUUAUCUAUCACAGGAAAUGUGAAUCAGUUGUCACACUGGAGUCGGAGUUACCUGCAUUAAAGUCCCAGCUGUUGAAUAAGAAGAAAACUAUUUGGAAGAAGCAAAUCCAAAUGGAAGCAAAAGUUGAUGCUGUUAAAGUGAACGUCGUUUCUGAGAAAGAUCGAUAUGCAAGAAUGGAACAUGACAUCAAGUCUUUUGGUAACAACGCGAGAGAAAAGAUAACUUUCAUGGAAAAUAAACUUCUAGAUGAACUGAAAGAAGUUUCUGAAAAGCACAUUGAACAACUGACAGCCGACCUAAAGUCUGUUGAAAUGUCAGUACACAUGUACCGACGGCAGGCUGAGCUGAUAGACCAGAUUCUAAAAUCUGAGUGUGACGUGGGCGUGUAUGAGUUGUAUCAGGGAUGUGAGGCCGGUGAUGUGGAGGUUGAUGGAGACAUAGACGUGAAGAAGAGGGGUAGAAUAGCCAGGAUCAUGUUGAGACAGAAUGAAGACAUGUUGAGUAGAGCUCUGGACGAUCUACAGCUGGGGGAGAUAGAUGUCCAGUAUGACGGUAUGGUGAACUUGGAGGCAACACCUGUAUCUCAAGACACCAGUAACAUGCUGGACCUGAAGGCUGCUCCUGUGUUACAGGACACCAUUAGCGUUAAGGUAGCUGGAGAUGAGAGUAAUAUGUACAAUGGUGACUUAACAGUGUUGCCGGUGAAUGGUACAGACACAGUGGUUGUAACAGACUACAGCAACAACAGUGUGAAGUCCUUCUACACCAGGAACAAACAACGACAUCACAGCAAGCUCAGCCUGGGAGGUAAACCGUGGGGUAUAACAAGACUGAAAGAUAACCAGGUUGCUGUCACUGUGCCGCGUUCCAGUCAGAUUGUAACAGUUGAAGUGAACCCUGACCUGGUGCUGCUGUCGACCAUCAGAACCAGCAAACAGUACCGGGGUAUAACGUCUGUGACACCGUCAACACUAGCAGCAGGUUCUAAUAGUGACAAAUGUGUGGAUAUUCUGGACACUAGAGGAAACGUCCUGAAGUCAAUUAAACCUAUAGUUCGUGGGAAGGAAAUUAUACAUAUUCCUGAGUUUCUUUGUACAACAAGAACAGGAAACAUCCUUGUGUCGGAUAGCUGUUCGAAGCGUGUCCUGUGCCUGACAGCUGGAGGGGACGUUGUGUUCACCUACCCUACACCAGGACACACAACACUGGGAAGUCCACGUGGUAUCACAAGAACCAGCACAGGUGACAUCCUGGUUACUGACUACUAUCAACAUACUGUUGUUCAACUGACUGAGUCAGGACGGUUUGUCAGAAACAUACUCACUGCAGAUGAUGGCGUCUCAUACCCGUUCGGAGUUUGUGUAGAUGGACGUGGCCGUGUGUAUGUUUGUAAUUUGGACUCAGGUGAAAUCAAAGUAUUCAGUUUCAGUAACACAGUAUAGACCUUUGAUUCACUAUCAUUUGAUCAUUACAUCUGAACAUACUAUAAUCAACCACAUUUACCACCACCUCCUGACUGCAGAUUGACGGAGCUGGUAAUGUACAGUGUUACAAGGUUUAACUACUGAAUAGUGUGAUUGAGUGUGAGUAAGAUACAGUGUGACUGGGUGCAAUUACUGUACAGUGCGACUGGGUACAAUUACUGUACAGUGUGACUGGGUACAAUUACUGUACAGUGUGAUUGGGGACAAUUACUGUACAGUGUGAUUGGGGACAAUUACUGUACAGUGUGACUGGGUACAAUUACUUUACAGUGUGACUGGGUACAAGUACUGUACAGUGUGAUUAGGGACAAUUACUGUACAGUGUGACUGCGUACAAUUACUGUAAAGCGCGACUGGGUACAAUUACUGUACAGUGUGACUGCGUACAAUUACUGUACAGUGUUACUGGGUACAAUUACUCUAUAGUGCGACUGGGUACAAUUACUGUCCAGUGCGACUGGGUACAAGUACUGUACAGUGUGACUGGGUACAAUUACUGUACAGCACGACUGGGUGCAAUUAAUGUACAGUGUUACUGGGUACAAUUACUCUACAGUGCGACUGGGUACAAUUACUGUACAGCGUUACUGGGUACAAUUACUGUUCAGUGUUACUGGGUACAAUUACUGUACAGUGUUACUGGGUAUAAUUACUGUACAGUGUUUCUGGGUACAAUUACUGUAAAGUGUUACUGGGUACAAUUACUGUACAGAGUUACUGGGUACAAUUACUGUACAGUGUUACUGGGUACAAUUACUCUACAGUGCGACUGGGUACCAUUACUAUCCAGUGUGACUGGGUACAAGUACUGUACAGUGUGACUGGGUACAAUUACUGUACAGUGUGAUUGGGGACAAUUACUGUACAGAGUGACUGGGCACAAUAACUGUACAGUGUGAAUGGGUACAAGUACUGUACAGUGUGAUUGGGGACAAUUACUGUACAGUGUGACUGGGUACAAUUACUGUACAGUGUGACUGGGGACAAUUACUUUACAGUGUGACUUGGUACAAUUACUAUCCAGUGCGACUGGGUACAAGUACUGUACAGUGUGACUGGGUACAAUUACUGUACAGUACGACUGGGUGCAAUUACUGUACAGUGCGACUGGGUACAAUUACUGUACAGUGUGAUUGGGGACAAUUACCGUACAGUGUGACUGGGUACAAUUACUGUGCAGUGUGACUGGGUACAAGUACUGUACAGUGUGAUUGGGGGCAAUUACUGUACAGUGUGACUGGGUACAAUUACUUUACACUGUGACUGGGUACAAUUAAUGUACAGUGUGAUUAGGGACAAUUACUGUACAGUGUGACUGGGUACAAGUACUGUACAGUGCGACUGGGUACAAUUACUUUACACUGUGACUGGGUUAAAGUACUGUACAGUGUGACUGGGGAAAACUACUGUACAGUGUGACUUGGGAAAAUUACUGUACAGUGUGACUGGGAACGAUUACUGUACAGUGUGACUGGGUACAAUUACUGUACAGAGCGGCUGGGUACAAUUACUGUACAGUGCGACUGGGUACAAUAACUGUCCAGUGGGACUGGGUACAAGUACUGUACAGUGUGACUGGGUACAAUUACUGUGCAGUGCGACUUGGUACAAUUACUGUACAGUGCGACUGGGUACAAUUAAUGUCCAGUGCGACUGGGUACAAGUACUGUACAGUGUGACUGGGUACAAUUACUGUGCAGUGCGACUGGGUGCAAUUACUGUACAGUACGACUGGGUACAAUUACUGUACAGUGUGACUGGGUACAAUUACUGUACAGUGUGACUGGGUACAAUUACUGUAUAGUGUGACGGGACAAUUACUGUUCAGUGUGACUGGGUACAAUUACAGUACAGUGUGACUGGGUACAAUUACUUACAGUGUGACUGGGGAAAAUUACUGUACAGUGUGACUGGGGAAAAUUACUGUACAGUGUGACUGGGAACAAUUACUGUACAGUGUGACUGGGUACAAUUACUGUACAGAGCGGCUGGGUACAAUUACUGUACAGUGUGACUGAGUACAAUUACUGUACGUGCGACUUGUGUGAAUGGUGACAAUCACUGAAUUGUAAGGUCCAGACUCAGUUUGUUUGCAAACAACAUCGUGCAUCUGUUAUACUGCUGAAACAAAUAUAUGCUUGUGAUAUAGUCACAAUUGUACACUCGACUCAGCGUUUAACAGAGAUUUCCUAUGAAUGGGGAAACGGUUUUGACGCUUUUGUUAGUAUGUCUAACAAAGUGUGUGACUGAGGUAAUCUGUCAGUGAGCAUCUCCUGAAUGUCCUUUGAACGUCUUGUAACGUAUGCAAGUUAGAAUAAGUUUAAUGUUGUAUUGUCUACGCAGCAGGGCUAAACCAAUGAAGACACGGUUAUUGGUAUGGCAUUACAUUACAUACUGAAUAGUGCGGCGGUACACAACAAACCAAACAUCCAAGCGUUUGGUGUGACAUCACUAUUUCUAUUGCAUUAACAGUUUCUGUUUAUUAGAUAAAUGUCUUUCCAAUAAACAGAGAUUACGUA